CCCAAACAGAACACCCCCUGCUCCUCUUAUUCAUAACCGUCUACCUGAACGGUCCUUUGCUGUCCACAGUUUAUGGCACCAGACACCCUCGUCCUUGCUCCAGAUUCCGAUCCAGAAGACGACCUCUCCGCCCGACGACAUCGCGAAAACAUGUGUGCGCAACGCUACAAAGACGGCCAUGAUCUCUUUAUAUUGUCGGCUUCGAUACGGGGUCCGUUUCCGUUGAAGGAUGAGCAUCAUCCGUGGAGGAGGACGGCGAUACGAGUGGAUGAUUUGGUGUGUGCCAGUGUGCAGGAGGGGACGGGGAAUGGCAGUAUGCUCAGUCAGGCGAGCAGUGUUGCGGCAACGAGCAAGAAGAGGAAAAGGAGAGAGGGGACGAGUACACCUGGUCCGGCAGACAAAAUCAACCAGUAUUUCUCGGCAAGGAAGAAGCAGGGGGUGGUGACUGGGAAGAAGAUGGACGACACGUCGUUAGCCACGAAUUUCGCUUCGACGAAUGGAAGUGUUGGGAUGGAGGCGCAUACACCCGUACUACCGGUCUCCGAUUUGAAUGCAAGGUCAUCUUCAGCACUUGAAGGGUCGCAAACACCUCGGGCAGCUGUCAUCAAUGCGCAAUAUACGGGCGUGCGCUACCCAUCCAGUCCUACUCCUGUUCCUCCAGUUGCGGGUGACCCGCCGUCAUCCAUACAACGACGAACAUCAUCCCCAAUGGAUCUACGGAACAUGCUCAACUCACCUAAACCCGUCCUCGCACCCGUCGAGAAGCCUCGCUUCGUAGAUUUCGACGCAUUGAGCCCCGUCAAAUCACGGACCAAACAGACCAUGAUCGUUACAAAACUGCCUACGGAAUCUGCGAAAGAGGUAGUGGAAGAAAGUAACGGAGGUGUGUGCGAGUCAGCCAAGGAUACUCUACAUGUCGGUAACUCCGCUCCCGUACUAUCUGCACCACCGCAGCUGUCACCGUUCGCCCCUUUUGAGGGCGUACAAGAGCUUGAAACGAACACCAACAAAGACACUUUCGUCACGGCCAACGAAGAGCCUGCCUCCCUUGCUCCAGCUCCCACGUCAUUACGUGUACCCUCACCCGAAAAACAGCAAUCACCUCCAUCACCAAUAACCCGCGCCGAUGUUAACACCUCCAGCGCAAGCCUAGCAGACAUGAAUACACAGGAAGAACUAGCGAAAGCGAAACUAUCAUUUGUGGAGGCAAUGCGGUCAUCUACCCUGUUCCCACCUAAACCAGUGUUGGAUACACCGACGAGAGAGGUGGGCGAGUUGAGCUUAGUUGCUACGCCGCUGGUGGAAGGAAGUGGGGAGGAGGUCAAAUGGGGAGAGCUGCUUGGAGUCGGUAGCUCUGCGCCCCGGCCUACGAUCGCGGAGACGAAGGAGAAGGUCACUCAACGGACGCCGGCACCGACAAAUGCUACAAACGGAACUGGAACAGGUGAAGCUCCAUUAGGCACCCUUCACUUCGACCCCACCCCAAGCGGACCAAUCGCCGAAACUCAAACCCCCUCAACCCCGAAGCCAGCAAACGGACAUGCAAACGGAGCAAGUCUGCACUUCCGCACCUUCACCACACCGACCGCCUCACCCGCCCCAAAACCCUUCAGCGCACUCCUCGACUCGCCAAUUUCCUACAACCCCACGGCAUUUCUUCCCUCCAACAGAAAGGGCGGCGAGGGUAUGAGUAGAGCACUGAGUCAAAUGAGUCAAAUGAGUGCGUUUGAUGUGGAUGAUGCUAUGAAGGGGAUUGAGGGAUUCCUCGAGGAGUCGAGGUGGGAUCUGGGAUUAGAAGUACAGAGGGCGUUGGGUGGGGAUGCCGAGAAGGGGUUGUUUCGUAGUUUGCAGGAUGCGCAGGAGGAGGUGGUGCUGGAGACGGAGGAUAUGGAUGAUUGAGUACGGUGUGCGUUAUUAGACGGCCGGGCAAGGAUAGCAAUC